CAAGGCACACCCCACGCACACACACUGAUUCAUGUCAUAUGACAACAGCGCAGCCGCUGGGGUGAUGACCUGUAGCUCCGGUGUAGAGAUCAGUCACCUGUCUGUGAUAGAAGAUUACACGAUGGAUUCCGGCUCCCGUAAGCUCUAUCAUGUACAUGGAUUUGAUUCCAGACAACUCCUAGAGCAUUACCUGUCAGAUAAGCCUGAAAUGGUCUUUGAAGAGGAUUCCUUAAAAUUUCCGAUUGAAAAUCUUAAGAAAACCUUCACAGAGGCAACCUGUGUGCAUGAGUCGUACCUGGCACCUAAGACUCCGCUCCCUGGUACGGCCCAUGUCAUCUCCCACACAGUGACCAGUUACAGGACAAAGAAGAGAAUGUGAGAUCCGCCGUUCAACAUGUUAUGAAAUGUGACCUUGAGAAAGAAAAUGUGACAGAUCCGAUAGUCUUACCACCAGCAGAUUGUAUCAUCAGUGCUGGGCUUCUUGAUGUUAUCUGCAAAGACCAAGAUGAUUUCAUCAGAUAUUUGAGGAAAUUCUCAGCGUUAAUGAAACCUGGAGGAAACAUGAUAUUCAUUGGGUGUUUAGAGAUGACAUAUUACACAGUUGGGAAAGACAAGUUCCAUGGUUUCCCAUAUGAUGAGGAGUUUGUCAGGAAAGCUCUAGUUGGAGAAGGAUUUGUUAUAGAUUACUGUAAUGUUAAGAAGAGAACAAAUGUGAGUGACAUUAUUGACUAUAAUGGUGUCAUAUUCAUUGCAGCUCACAAGUAGAAGUAGAAAAUAUAAGCAUACAAAUAAGAAUAACAACAAUAUCAAGCUAUUCUGAAACUCUAAAGAAUGUUUGAUUAACAUGUCUUAUCACGAGUUUCAUGGCUGGGGCUGUGUGUAGCUAAUUAUAUGAAAAGUGUGAAUAUAAAAUAUAUGUCUA